GUCAAGGUUCCUGUCUUGUCGGAGCAGAUGACGUUUGUGCAUCCCAAAGUCUCAACACUGGGGAGAUUGCGCACAAUAGCGUUCUUCUGGGCCAUUUUCUUGGUGCCAAGCGCAAGACAAGCCGUGAUGACCGCAGCAAGACCCUCCGGAAUGGCAGCUACUGCUAGUGCAACUGCGAUCUUGAAGUAGUAGAUGGCACCCUUCAGGGCGCCAUGGUGUGAAGGGUCCCAGAAGUGCCGAAUGUUGACAAGCCAGACAAGAAUGCAGAUGACAGAAAUAACUUUAGCGAGCAUGUCACCGAAGUCGUCCAGUUUGCGUUUGAGGGGCGUCUUCUCUGAAAUCUGGGAACUGAUGGACUUGUGAAUAUCUCCGAUAGCAGUCUUCGCGCCGGUGAGAACGACGACUGCUUUGCCUGUGCCAUUCACGACGGUGGUGCCCUAGAAGCCCUUCAGAAUUCUCCUCACAAGAAAAAAAAUCAAGAUAGACUGACAGAAAAGAGCAAAUUCGUCUGAUCUUGUUUAACAGCCUUGAGGUCCGUGACUGCAUCGACGUAUUUGUUGACGCUGACGCUCUCUCCAGUAAGAAUGGCUUGGUCGACACGGAAGCUGCUCGAUGACACUGAGAGCAGUCUACAAUCCGCAGGAAUCUUGUCUCCAACAGCCACCGACACAAUAUCUCCCGGCACGAGUUCAGAGGCAUGGAUGCGAGCCACUUGACUUGACCGAACAACCUUGGCUUCAUCUGGGGAGUAUUCUUUGAGAGCCUGGAAAAACGGUUUGGCGCUGGACAAAUGCAGAAAGUAAGCGACGCACGUCGAUGGCCUUCUCAGCGUUACUCUCUUGUAUCACUCCGACGGCAGCAUUGGCGAUAAGAAUUAACAAGAUCACAAGCGGUUCGACGAAAGCUGUGGCAAACGAGGACUCCUCCGUGUUCUCGACUAAGGCGAGAACGAAGGAGAUGACCGCGGAAGCCAGCAAUAUAAGGACCAACUGGUCUUGAAAUUGCUCGAGAAUCAAUUCCCAGAGAGGAGUGGAUGGUUCCUCAGGGAGUUCUAGAGAUAAUUAUGAAGAUAGAUAAUGAACAGGACCAUGCCGAAGGACGCACCAUUCUUCCCAUAGAUUUGCGCAUGCUUCGCAGCUUGGUCCGAGGUGAGACCGCGUUCGAUAUCGACACCAAAAUGGUCCAAAACUUCCUGAGAAGUCAAAGCCCAGGGAGCCUCCAUGUCUGGUUCAAGGGCAGUGUAAGGGUAAGGAACGAAAGCUGUGGAAUUUUAUACGAGCACGUGGGUGCUAGAGAUUCAGACACGUCAGCCCGGCGACUGAAGGAUGAAAGUGCCGAAUAUCCAAUCUAAGGGCGCAAAUGACUAGAUAGACAGGCCGCCGUACACAGGGCAAUCGUCGCGUCGCUGUUUGCGUUGCAGCCGUAGUGGCGAAAUGCGGCAACUUGCGAGGAGAGGACCAGGGAAAGACCCAAGUACAAACAGUGCCAAGCUACACGGGCUGUCUUGCGCCAACAUCUGCGGGGAGUUGAGCAGCAGGCACACACCGUCAAUUCUCAGCAUUCGCGAACUGAAUUUGAAACACGAGGUCGAUGGGUAACAACUCCUCUUCCGGACGACCCCAGGACGACUCGGUCGACUACGGCCAACUUGUUCCUCAAGGUGUCUACACAGGACCUCGAGAUUGGAAUCAGUCUAUCACCGCCCAGUUCAUCAUCGCCAGGCGGCUAGCGCCAUUCUACAGACCCCUUGAAGACUUUGACGAGUCCUGGGAUGAUGACCAGAUUCUCGCUGCACGGAAGCAGCUACCCGACAGUGAUGGGGAACAACAGCCCUCGCAGCCCCCGUCAGUCCCCAAAUCGUCCAAACGACCUGGCUCUCUCAAGGAACCCAGCAAGGCUGAAGCUGCGUUAUAUCGAGGUGCUGUCGAAUGCCCUAUCUGCUUUCUGUACUAUCCGCCAAACAUAAAUCACUCUCGGUGUUGCGACCAAGCCAUCUGCACCGAGUGUUUUGUUCAAAUCAAACGCAACGAGCCGACAACUACACAUCUCGUCUCGGAACCGGCCGCUUGUCCCUACUGUGUGCAAGACAAUUUCGGUAUUGUAUACACCCCACCUCCCUGGAGAGCAGGUAUCACGCCGGAGGGAUCGCAUUCCAAUUGGUCUGAAUCGUCGAAGAGCUCUUCACCAUCCAUCGAGACUGCAGCUCCAUACCCUACUCAUAAACGACGUCAGAAGAGUUUCAGUGCUGAUAGCGCGGAAGUUGUUCUUACUGAUCACAUCCGUCCUGACUGGGAGGCCAAGCUCGCCGCUGUCCGAGCCGCUGUUGCUCGUCGGGCAAACAGGAGGAUCAUCAUGCGGCAGGUGGGAGAUCGGCUCAUUCCUGUGGGAGUGACUAGCGGACGCGUCCAUGCGCUCAGCCCCGAAGAAGCUGCUGCCCAGGCAGAGAACCCUGGCACAGAGGUCAGCCGACGAUCUCGUCGAAGACAGCCGGGUGCUGGCAAUGGUGGUAUGGAGCAAUUUAUGGGGAUGGGUGGGCAGGAACUGGAAGAGCUCAUGAUGAUGGAAGCAAUGCGACUCUCGUUGAUUGAGCACGAGAAUCAGCAACGGAAAGAAGCGGAGGAGAAGAAGAAGAAAGAGAAAACGGAAAGUGGAAGCACAGAACAGCAGCCUACAGCACCAUCGACAUCGAUCUCCGCACCCGCAUUAGCAGGGCCGGGACCGUCUACCAUCGAAGCUCGCUCGACAAGCAGCAUUAAUCUCCUACCCUCUGCCUCCCAGGCGGCUAACACACUCGAUGUGAACAAGAAUCCGUCCCGUAGCAGAUCGCCGUCUCCCAGCCCUCUCCAAGCUCUCAGGGAUACGGCAAACGGCUGGCGACGACGCACUUCCAGUCCUCCGCCGUUUUCGACACUUACUGCAGCACUAAGUGCCGUCUCAACGGCGUCUGCGGUCGUGACUGCCGCUGGGAACGAGCAAAUCACCUCUAUGAGCGACAGUUCUGAGGUGGAAGCCCCGCCGACGCUGGUGGUCUCUGCAGAACCUCCCACGACCUCCGUAGAGCCUCAUGUUCUCCGUGAGGAGUCUGUUGGACCCGAGGUCGCAUUCGAGUCCGAGACAACAGCUUCGAGCGAAGCAGUCGCUGAACAACCCAACCUGACUACUGUUAUCCGGCCAGCUCCUCCCAUUCAUCAGGACUCUAUGGCCUCUGUUCUUUCCACGACAUCGUCAGUCAUGGGUGGAGCUACCUACGACAAUCUGCCCUCUUCGCCGGAUUCGGAUGGAGACUCGUUUGUAGCCCACGCGCCCCUCCUGGGAGACAGCCCGAACGAAACCACGCCUACGAAAGUACCCCAGGAAGAUGCUCCCGGCUAUUUCGGUGGUGCGUCUCAUGGCGGAACGCAAUGAAUGCGAUUCGGUGAACUGUCUUAUUCCCAGUUGUACACGAGGGACAUUUACCCACUUCGUUAAUAUCGUAAUCAUCGGUGUAUUGUAGCGCAUAUAGAGCCGGUCCGGAAUGAAUAUCACAUACAUAUAUCUCCCCUUCCAUGCAUGGGUCUACUUUUUGGAGACGUCGACCCAAGUUGGCCGGAAUGAGUCCGAGUCAAGUGGCUCCUGAGAAUCAGGGAAAAGAUGUGAGUGAGUGACAAUCUCCACUACUGCAACGUUCCCCACAUGCCUUCGCGAAUACCUUCCUGCGGAUCUCUGCUUCCUGCGCGGCACGACGAGCUCGGGCCUCAUCGACGCGCUGUCUCUCUCCAGGCGACAGUCGCUAGGCGGCCAACACGGUCAGGGUUUAGAUGUGUGGCGGAUGUCGUGAAUGCGGACCUUGUAAGCUUCUUCUUCGCUCGGAACAGUAGCUGAAGCGAAUAAAGAGACGAAAUGGGUUCCGGUGCAUGCACUUACUAUUGAGCAGUAAUAGUCCGGCGCCGACCACUGCAUUCAGUUUAUGCGUUCAACGUCUGGGUAUCGAAAGGGAGCUGGACAAACAUGUGGCCGUUAGCGCGGUGAAUCUUCCGAUAGGGAAUGCUGGAGGCAUCGGGCCGAUUUUGAUUGCUAGUAGUGGAGGAGGACAAGCUUGAGGUAUGUGCUGUGCCAGUAACGGCUCGUGACUGAGACUAAGUAAUAUACAAUACGAAUGAUAAGUGAAGUACAAUACACACACGAGAAGUCAAAUUACUGCAGGCCGCAUACUCCCUCUCUUGCUCGAAAACCCCACUAAGUCGCUGGAACGCCGACUUCUCAUCUCGAUCCGGGCCAGCUCUUGUUCCCAUUCUGCCACCUUCACAUCGUCCAACGGGUUGUUGUAGCUACUAGAGGUGCUUAUACUAGUGCUGCUAGCGCUGCUGCCACUAUCGGCAGCGGCCCCAAGCUCACCACCGCUGGAAGGCACAGCUGCGAGCUUUUCGGGGCUUUGGAAGAGAUCAAGAGCCGCGGGUUCAUGAGGGAAUGAGCGUGCUCGCGAUUGGUCGCUUGGGCCAGCACUGGUGUGCGGCCUGCGUGACGGUCGGGAGGCACAGACCAGCCCAUGAGGCGAGGAAGAUGUGAGACGAUGGGAGCUUUCCGUAUGUGCUGUGGCUGGUAUCGGGGGAACGUCGUUGUCGAUUCGGUGCGACCGCCGAGGGGACUUGGAUUUUGAUCUUGUGCCCUGAUGGCCUUCUUGAGUCUGAGAAAGGGCAAGUUGACGUUCGGCUUCAUUCGUUGCAAUGAUCACCAGCUCUUUCUCAGGGAGUUCUAAAGACUCAGUUCCAGAAGACGAUGAAACAACCGCCUAGAAACAAAUUAUGUAUCCCAACAACUCUGACGGCAAGAGACCUUCAUACCUUGACUCGCAGGACGAAUUUGAUCGACACCAGCUCGGAUUCUAUAGACUCCCCAAUGGACCAUCGACUGUUAGAUUUCGCCGCUGGCCAUUGUAAUGUGAGCGUUUUGCUCCAGACACCGGACUCUGAUCGGUGGAAGGAACCGGACGAUUCAGUCCCUGCGAUAGAGUGUACCGUAAUGGAGCUCGACGAGCGAUUGUCAGAGGCAUUCAAAGUGGAUACGGUCGAUUCAGGGUAUGACGACGGGGAAUAUGAGAGCGACGAGGAUGAGGCUUUGCGCUGCGGUAUAGGGAGAGGUGAGGUUGCCUGGGAACUCCCGAGCGAUUGUAGGGUCGAAGAAUUAGUUGCCGAAGGAAUUGAAGGUGAAGGAGCCAGCUCCAGAAAACGCAUGCGACGUUCGACGAUGGCACUCGCACUACGGACAGCAACGCUGGGAUCUGAGGACGUCAGAUGGAUGGGGAUGGAGACAAGAUCAAGAGGUCCAAUGGGUGUUGUGGGUGCGUGGAGAGAGAAACGGAUGGGUGGUAAAUGAGGGUGUUGAACCUCAUCGUUCAACACGGCCUUUGAAAUGGGUGUCGAAGACCUUGGGAGGCCGAACCGUCGUAAAGGCAACUCGGAGUACCGCAUGGUUCGCGAUCCAACGCCUGUAAUCGGAGCAUGGUUGACGACUGUAAACUCUUCUGCUCAUGAAACUCGGGGUUCGGGAAAGGAGCACGCACUGGCUUCGACGCGCCAUGUGCAUCGGUACAACGAGGCAUAAAGUGCGGAACUGAAUCCCGCAACCUUCGCUGGCAACGAGAUUCGGAAGGGGAAUUCAAGAUCGCCGAUCUCUCUGUACUCUUCAUGUGCAUCGGGGUUGGACCAUAGCACUUGCGUAUAGUCCACUAGCACGUUCGAUUGCACGACCCCGAGAAGGCCUAGCUUCGCCUCAUAGCAUCGAACGGAUAUGGUGAUUGAUUUCGCGGGAAGCGGCUUGAGAUCAGCGUCGAGCCUCGU